CCUCCUCCCCCCAACCCAAAAAAAAAAAAAAAGAAAAAUAAAGGAAAAAAAAAAAGAAGAGGGGGAAAAAACUCCACCGACCAAACCCUAACCCUAAUCCUCCCCCGACGACGAUGACGAGCUCCCUCGACAUGUCCCUCGACGAUCUCAUCCAGAAGAACAAGAAGACCUACGGCGGCGCCGCCUCCUCCCGUGGCCGCGGCGGAGGUGCCGGAGGUGGCGUCGCCGGCGCCGGCGCCUGCGCCGGCCCCGCUCGCCGCUUCCCCAACCGCUCCGGGAACCGCCCCGCCCCUUACUCCGUGGGAAAGGCGCCCGACUCGGCGUGGCAACACGACAUGUACUCAGGACAGAUGGCGGCGGUUGCAGCGGCUGCGGCGGCUGCGGCGGCGUAUCCGGCUCCCGGGGUUGCGGCUUCGGCGAUCGAGACCGGCACCAAGCUCUACAUCUCGAAUCUCGAUUACGGUGUCUCCAACGAGGACAUCAAGGAACUCUUUUCAGAAGUUGGUGAUCUCAAACGAUACUCUAUUAAUUAUGAUAGGAGUGGAAGAUCAAAGGGUACGGCAGAAGUUGUCUUUUCAAGACGGGCAGAUGCUAUUGCUGCUGUUAAGAGAUACAACAAUGUGCUUCUUGAUGGGAAGCCAAUGAAAAUAGAGAUCAUUGGAACAAAUAUUGAGACACCUGCAAUCUUGCCAUUCCCUUUUGGUGGGACUUUCGGAAAUCCUAAUGGUGCUCCCAAAAGUGGGCCGGGAAGGGGUGGACCUUCAGGAUGGGUGCGAGGUGGAGGUGGAGGUGGCAGUGGCAGCCGUGGACGAGGGAGAGGCCGCGGCAAUCCAAUAUCCUCUGCAGAUCUCGAUGCUGAGCUGGAUAAGUACCAUGCUGAAGCAAUGCAACUCAACUGAGCCAAUUCGCAUGGCUUAUUUAGUGUGUUACAAUUGUUUGGCUAGUGCUUGCUUAUUAAUCUGUAGUAGCGGUGUUUUUGUCUAACAAUCAUAUGACGAACAGAGACUAGGACAUAUUAGUGCUUCGAAGCAGUAUUAUUACUGGUUUUCGGGAUUGCAGCUUCCGUUUUAACGUUAUUUACUACUGGUUUCGACAUGUUGUAUGGAUUUAUUGCACAAACUAGUUAUUGCGCUUAGAAAUUGUUACAAACAGCCUUUUGUUUUUUUUUUC